CAGCGAUCGUUCUCGUUCUGUCUUGUUCGGGUCGAUGACCUGCGAUGGGCUGGCAUGUGGGAGAGGGAAGCGGUGCCUCGUGGACAAGAACAACAACCCGCGGUGCGUGACGUGCGGGAUGGACUGCUCCCACCACAAGGCGGCUCCGUCAGACCCGAUCUGCGGCUCGGACGGCGUGACGUACGCCGACUGGUGCGACAUGAGAGAGACGUCGUGCAGAACGGGCUUCAUCAUCGAAACAAAGCACAUCGGGCAGUGCACGGGAGAUAGAAUGCCGAUGAUGACGGACACCUAUCUCUUUGAGGGAUCCAUGUCGGGCGAAGCGGGAAGUUCUUCAACUAGUUUCCCCGAUGGGGAUGACGACGAAAGUCGGUGAACUGGCAUCUAAACUGUGGCGUCUUUCUCUUUCAAAACUCUAUCAAGUAAAAGACAUUAAUAUAUGCACUGUGCACAUUGUCAUUCCAGUUUUCCUCCUAUGACUAUUUUUUUUGUUGUCCUUAGAUUUCAUGUAGUUCACGCAACAGUGUUGCGGUUACUCGCAGUUGCCGACGGCUAUUGAGUUGUUACAGUAUGCAUGCAAAUGUAUGGCAGGUUAUCUAUAUUAAGUUUUUUUUAAGAUAUUGAAAUCCAAAGGAAAAUAUUGUUACAAGGACUGUAUUGUAUAUUUUUAUUAUUUAUGUGUAACGUGGGUGUAUGCUCAGGUAUUGUGAAUUUGCAAAAAAUCUCCCCUAUAAAGAUAUGGAAUGAGAGUCUUACCGUAUGCGUGGUGUAAGUAUUGAAGAGAUGAUUCUGUAAAAAUGUGAACUAUGUGCGAAUGUUCGUGUAUAUUUUAUUGCUUUUUAAACAGUAUUUCAGUUACUCUUUUUGCGGCUGAUGUAUAAAAAGUAGACCACAUUAACGCCUCAAACACCAAGCCCGAUAACGUUUUGACUGAUGCAAAAACGUGUAAAGCAAUGAUACCAAAUGAACACGAGCAUACACGUAGAUAACGCCGCAGUCGUAAACAGCAUAUAUCUACAACAUUACAUCUGUGCACAUCGGUAACAGUCUGUUAAAGCAGCUAGCUCCAUCAAGGUUAGGUAUAAGGUAAAGCAGGCUAUAAUAAUGACAACAGACGAACUGUAUUCUGCAGCUCAGAUAUGCCAUGUGAUACAUAAACUAUAGGACUCGUAGUAGCUUGGGCGUUCAUUUCAAUGAUCAUUGUGAUAAUUGAAAUACGUAGUGCAUAUUGUACAUGCUAUUUCUCGAUAGCGAUGUGUACUACACAUGUGGGCAUCAAGUAGCGUAUGUGGUUGUAUUAAAAAGAAAUGUUGCAGACAGUA